ACUUUCGGAGGCAGAGGAUGAACAAGUGAAAGAAAAGACUUUUAAGGUGCGCACCAUAAAAAAUGAAAAUAGCCAGAAAGAAAAACUGAGUCUACUUUUAGUUUGCUGGAUUUAGUUUGAGUGCAGAUGCAAAACUCUUGAGUUGACUCCUGGGGUGAGAAACAGGAUGCCAAGUUACCAACCUUGGUGCCAUGGUAAUAUAACUCGGUCCAAAGCUGAGGAUCUACUUUCCAAAGCUGCAAGAGAUGGAAGCUUCCUUAUCCGGGCCAGUGAGUCCAUACAGGGAGCGUAUGCCCUCUGUGUUUUAUACCAGAACUGUGUGUACACGUACAGAAUCCUGCCGAGUGAGGAUAAGAGGCUCUCUGUCCAGGCAUCUGAAGGAGUUCCCAUCAGGUUCUUCUCUAUGCUGCCGGAGCUGGUGGAGGCGUAUUACAGCCCCAACAUGGGUCUGGUCACACACCUGCAGUACCCCGUCCAGAGGGAGGAGGAGGCAGACGAGGAGCCAGAAUCCAAUAAUCUUCCACCGCAGCUUCCACCCAGGAACUUCCUAGCCAACGACGUGAAGGACAGCGACCCUGUGAGACCGUCCUCUGAGCAGCCCUGCAAGUCCCUGUCAGAGACCUACCUGACGAGGCUGCAGCACAUGGACCUGUCCUCAAUAUCAGAGGAGCAUCAAAUGGCGAUCCAGGAAUACUUCAGGACCUCAAUCUGCUCCGACGCUGAGCAAGUCCAGUACGGUUACCCUCACCUCCCCGGCCUCAAGAAGCUAACAGUGUCAAUCUGCAAGAAUCUGAACAGUGAAAUUUCCCGCAUCCUGCCGGUUCUGGAGGUCUUUCACAGAGCGUUGGACCAGCAGCUCUCUCCGGGGAUUGGACAGUUUCCAAAACAUAUUUCUGGCGAUUCAGGUCAAUGUGUGUCCUAUCGGCUUGAGCGACUGACAAAACUGCUCUACUCUAUAGAAGAUAAGGCGAAAAGUUCUCUGCUUGAGUCUGUUGGACACGACGGAGGUCACAGGAAAUCUCUCAUACCGCUCGUUACAUUUGAGGUCAAGCAAGAAUCUCUGGGUAUUUCCACAAAGAUGUUCCUGAAAGUGGAUGUUGAAAGUGGGAAGCUCUACUUAAAGAAGUCGAAAGAUGGGCCUGAUGACAAAUUCUUUGUUCACAACAAAAUCCUGCAGUUGGUAAAAUCCCAGAAAAUGCACGCCAAACUUGUCAUCGUGGCGGAGACGGAGAAAGAGAAGAUUUUACGUAAAGAGUUUGUGUUUGACGACACAAAGAAAAGGGAAGGUUUUUGCCAACUUCUCCAACAAAUGAAGAACAAACACUCUGAAAAGCCGGAGCCUGACAUGAUCACAGUGUUUGUUGGCACCUGGAAUAUGGGAAAUGCCAGUCCGCCCCACAACAUCGACUCCUGGUUUCAGUGUAAGGGUCAGGGGAAGACACGAGACGACACGGCGGAUCACAUCCCGCAUGAUUUCUACGUCAUCGGGACUCAGGAGGACCCUCUGGGCGAGCGGGAGUGGGCCGACACGGUGAAAGGCGUCCUGAGGAAAAUCACAAACAUCAGCUUCAAACAAGUGGCGAUCCACACUCUGUGGAACAUCCGGAUCGUGGUCCUCGCCAAGCCCGAGCACGAAAACAGGAUCUCCCACGUUUUUUCAGACAGCGUGAAGACGGGAAUCGCCAACACUCUGGGAAACAAGGGAGCGGUGGGAGUGUCGUUCAUGUUCAACGGUACGUCGUUUGGCUUCGUCAACAGUCACCUGACCUCUGGAAGUGAGAAGAAACUCAGACGCAAUCAAAACUACUUUAGCAUCCUGCGAUUUCUGAAUCUGGGAGAUAAGAAGCUCAAUCCGUUUGACAUCACACAUCAGUUCACUCACCUCUUCUGGCUCGGUGAUUUGAACUACCGAGUCGAAUUCCCGUCUACAGAAGCUGAGCACAUUGUGACAAAGAUCAAACAGCAGCAGUACCAGGAACUCCUGAGCAAAGACCAGCUCAACAUGGAGAGGAACGAUGGGAAGGUCUUCUUGCAUUUCGAUGAAGAGGAAAUCACGUUUGCACCCACGUAUCGCUUUGAAAGAGACACACGUGAGAAGUAUGCCUACACAAAGGCCAAGGCCACGGGGACAAAAUACAAUUUGCCCUCAUGGUGUGAUCGUGUCCUGCGGAAGUCCUAUCCUCUGGUUCAUGUUGUCUGCCAAGCAUAUGGGUGCACAAACGACAUCAUGACAAGUGACCACUCACCGUUAUUCGCCUCGUUCGAGGUCGGAGUCGCCUCACAGUUUGUCUCCAAGCAAGAUCCGAACAGUGUGCCUCAGGGUGGGAUCCAGAUCAUGAACUGCGUGGCCACCUUGUUGACGAAAUCAAAGACAAAGUUCUUCAUCGAGUACCACUCCAGCUGCUUGGAGAAAACAGUCAAGACCUCAGAGGGAGAAAACACGGAGCACUCGGAUGGGUCAAUAAAAGUUUGGUUUGGCAUCCACGUUGAGCUCACUCCGAUCAUCUCGGACCCAGAGUACCUUUUGGACCAGCACAUCCUCAUCUGCGUGAAGUCGACGGAUAGCGACGAGUCUUACGGUGAGGGUUGCAUUGCUCUGCGAGCUGCACAGUUCUGCUACACCGAGUUUCAGAUCACGCUGACUCACCACGGAGAGAAGACGGGAACUUUGACAGGCGGCAUCCAGCUAAACACCUCUGAGGGCAAACCCACUGAGAAGUUAUACGAUUUCAUCAAAGUUGAAAGAGACGACACUGUCACCUCAAAAGGCAAAUGCGGAGACCCAAACAAGUUUUCCGUCACUCAAGCUCACGAUAUUUCUAACCCCAGUUACAUGGGCGUGUCCUUCAGAAGUGGCAACGUGACGGAUAGAGGAUGGAGUUACAGCAUGCCACCAAAAAAUCUCCCAGUCGCCGGACAAGGAAGCAAAGACAUCAAGAAGAGCAGUUAUGACGUUAGCACACGCAGUCCCACAGGAAAACCUUUGAACCCCAUGGCUGACAUUGAGAAGGGGUCUGAGAUGUUUGACAAUCCGUUAUAUGGUUCAAUGGGAAAAUCACGGGGCAAGGACCAGGACCACCUACAGAAGGACCUCCUCACACCUCCAGAUCCCAAAUUUACAUCCUCCAAACCAGCAGACGGAGACCCCGAUCGGCCCCCGCUGCCCACGCCACGAAACCGCUCCUUCACCUGCUCAGAGACCAAACCUCAGCCUCCCGGCCCCGUCGCCUCCCUUUCCUCAGUACUCAAGAAACCCGUCAUGCCCUCGCGCUCUGAAGGCGGCGUGGUGCACAGCCGGCCCCCUUUGCCCUCCAAGUCGCGGCCGGGCGUCCCGGAGCCCCAGAACCCCAGAGACUACAGAGACAGCUCCGAACUGCCCUGCAAACUCAGACCGCCAGCAAGACCUGGACAGCCUCAGACUCACAAAGACAUGCAUCCUGAAGUUCCCAAGAUGGGCCGGUCUGUGAAGUGAGACGAGUGAUGAUCAGCACAACUGUACAGCUUCCUGCUCUGCAUUUUUGGAAAUUUUAACUACAGUCUCUCCCUUGUGAUCUGUAUCACUCAUUUGUGUUUCAUUUGUAUUAAAGGAAGAGUUUUGCAUUUUGGGGAUGUAGCCUUUUCAUAUGCUGAGAGUUAGAUGUGAAGAGCGACACCACUCUCAUUCAACUUUAGCAAUUUUUGGUUCUAAAAACAUUCUUCAAAUGAUAUAAUGCAACCAAUGCAAUGUUUUGGUAAUGUUUUCAGCAGCAAGUUUUCUUUAUGUUCCCAGAACGUUCUUCUUAAAUUUAUUGUAACAAUCUCUAUAAACAUUGACUUUUUGAUUUUUUUUAAUGUUAACAUCACAUUAAAUUACAUUUUCAUUAAAAAAAAGUCUGUA